AUGGCUCCUCCGAAAAUAAGAACGUAUAUCGAUGAUUAUGUCAAAUUUGGUUUUACGUUCAUUGAAAAAUAUGGUGUCCAAAAGCCUCAGUGUGUUAUUUGUCACGUUGUAUUAAGUAACGAUGCCCUCCGACCUAGUCGACUAGAACGACAUUUAACCACAGCUCAUCCGAUGCUAAAAGGAAAACCUAAAGAGUUUUUUGUUGCUAAAAAAAAUUCUUUAAGUAAAAUGAAAAUUGACCAUACCGGUGAGUUUCAACAGAAAAAUGAAAAAAUUGUUGAAGCUUCAUAUCACAUCGCCUUCAUGGUGGCUCAGCAAAAGAAACCCCAUACCUUGGGUGAAACAUUAAUUAAACCUAGCAUACUUAAAGCUGUUGAAAUAGUACUUGGCGAAGAAAGCAAAAGGAAAAUAGUUCAAUUAUCUCUUUCAGAUAAUACAGUGAAACGACGUAUAGAUGAAUUAGCUAUGGACAUUAAAAAUCAGUUGAUUCAUAAAUUAAAACAUUCCGUAUUCUUUGCAAUCCAGUGUGAUGAAUCAACUGAUGUGGCCAAUUGUUUCCAGCUAUUAGUUUACUGCCGUUUUAUAAAUGAACAGUCCAUCGCAGAAGAACUUCUAUUUUCCCAGGCUUUAAAUUCCACCUCAAAAGGCAGUGACGUUUUGUCUGCCAUUGACAUAUUUUUUGAUCAGAAUGGUUUGUCUUGGAAAAAUGUUGUAGGUGUCUGUACAGACGGUGCACCUGCAGUGCUAGGGUCAAGAUCGGGUUUUGUAAGCCUAGCAAAAAAUAAAAACCCGUCAAUAAUUGGUUCUCAUUGUGUAAUACACCGACAAGCGUUAGCUGCAAAAACGCCAUCUGAACUUAAAAAUGUACUUGAAGUAUGUAUAAAAGUUGUUAACACCAUCAAAAGCAGUGCACUUAACUCGCGUCUUUUUAAGAUUCUUUGUUCAGAGCUGUCCGCGGAACAUUCUGUUUUAUUAUUCCAUACAGAGGUUCGUUGGUUAUCCAAAGGGAAUAUGUUUGAACGUUUGUACGAAUUAAAAUCUGAAGUUGAAAUUAUGCUUUUACAAUUAGGAAAAGACAAUCUUCAAAAGAUACAGCUGUGGAAACGCCGAGUAAACAAAGAGACUCCUAAUUUUUCGUCUUUCCGUCGAUUGAACGAACUUAUCUCUGAUGAGGAAAAAUCUAUUUGUCUUGCUGGAUUGAAAAGUAUAGUGAUUGAACAUCUUGACUGUUUGACUGAUGAAUUCAUGCGAUAUUUUCCGGAUUUUUCUAACGAAAGUUGGAAAUAUACGCUAACAAGUUGUCCAUUCAGUGCUAACGUAGACACAUUGCCGGAUACAUUUCAAGAACAGGCAAUCGAGCUGAAGAACGAUUCACGUGCAAAAAUUGAUUUUAACAGUGGCAGCUCUUUGGAAGAGUUUUGGGUAAAAUACCAACCCAUUUAUCCUGAAAUUUCAAAUGAAGCCUUACAAGUCCUUGUACAAUUUUCAUUGACUUAUUUAUGUGAAUCUGGGUUCUCCAGCUUGGCCAUUAUAAAAACCAAACAUAGAAAUCGCUUGGAUGUCGAAUCUGACUUGAGGUGUUCUUUAUCAAACAUCGUGCCGAACUUUAAAAAAUUGUCCAAAGAAAAACUUAGUGUACCCAAGGAAGAAUUAGACUUAUGGUACCAAAGUUGUGAUAACCAGGGAUCAGUCAGACAUUACUCAAGAUCUGUGUUGGAUAAAUAUUUCCAAUGUGAUUCUCAAGUGUACCCAGUAAUAUCAAAACUAUUACAAAUCUUAAUUACAUUGCCAGUAACAACUGCUACAGGAGAAAUAUCGUUUUCUACACUUAGAAGGCUGAAAAAUUAUUUACGUAACACUACAGGACAGCAGAGACUUAAUGGAAUGGCUACUUUAAACAUACAUAAUGAUAUCGAAGUUAAACCAGAUUUGGUAUUAGAUGAAAUGGCAAAGCACUCUACACGACGAAUUAAUCUUAAACUGUAA